AUGAUGCUGCUCAAGGUGCUCAAUGUGCGCUGGCAGAGGAUGGUCGCCUGGGGGCUGGCAGUAUCGGCCAACCUCAUCAUCUGGGGUUUCGCCAUCUUCCUGGGGAUGGUUAAUUGGCAGGAUCGGCUGGUACAGAUCUGCAUUGAAGCAACCGGCAUCUGCAGCCUAUGGGUGGCUAUGAGCUUUGGCAUUGUGCGGGAUGUCACACCAUCCAUCCCUGUUCUCCGCCACAUCAUCGAAAAGCCCGCACAAGCGGCAUUUGAGCGAGGGUUGACGGGGACCCGCAGCGGAUCUGGGUUGCCUCGCGACUUCGCUUACCCCUCGUCGGCGCCAUAUGGACGACAAGCAAAGAUCUGGAGCACCGGGGGUAGCCCAACCGCAACCUCCAUCGCGUUAGAAACCUUGGGCUCAAGGGAUGGAACCCUACGGACAGACGAGGUCAAAGUCGAUAUCGAGGAGAAGGGCCACGACUCACCCCAAGAGCAACAAUCCCGUCAUAACCAUCAAGGCCAGCCACUACCUCUCAUUACCUGCACCUCGCCGGCCUCGCCCGUCACGCGAACCCGGACCUCCCGCCGCUCCAACUCGCGCAACGUUUCGGUGCCCUGA